AUGAGUUUCAACAGUGGUACGCCAACUUCUGAAAGCCCUAUCAGUCUAGGUCAACCUGAUCAUACUAGCGGCCUAACAGGCCAAGACGGCGGUCAACCUGACCACGCUCAUUCGCAAGAUAUGACCGAUACUCGGCAUGCAAGGGACCAAUAUGAUCCCAUUGAUGGUCGACCCGACCGCGACCCUCAACCUGACGAGAACAUUGGCCAAACGUUGGCUGUGAUCAAGGAGGGCAUUAGCAAUUUGGCUGCCGCUUUACAUAGUUUUGUCAGCAACGAGAGUAUGUCUUCCCGUACCACAAAAUCUAAGAAACAUAAACAUCGGAGGGCUUCAUCGGAGUCCGAGCCAUCGGAGGAUGACACGAUGGAUUUCCCGCCUAAACGGCUUCGCGUUGAUGACGACGCUUUAAGUAUUGCGCCGUCCGAUAACGACAUUCAUGAUUUCCUAAACGGGUCCGUCGCCACCGGCGAGAACACGGACAGUAAUGCAGGGCAAACCAACAAUGGUGACAAUAAUACCGUCAAUGAUACUCCUGCCUCCGUUGACCCAGCAGAAAUCAAGUUUUUAGACUCACUUAAUAAUGCCCUCAACGAGGACGAACAAACUGGACCUAAGGUCGUACAAAAUCUGGCAGAUAUCGCCAUCAAACGAUGGGGUAAACCGAUUGCCAAUGAUAAGCUUAAGACAUUAUUGGCAAAACAUGCCAAGCCAGAAAACUGCGCCGAACUGACGGUACCCAGGGUCAACCCUGAAAUCUGGAGCAGCAUGAACAACUCCAAAAAGAGCGCAGACAUACGGUUGAGUAACAUCCAACAAGUUAUGCAACAAGGUACUUUUGGCAUGUUGAAGGCAUGCGAUAGUUUACUGACAACGCCUACAGACACGAAAACCGCGCUUUCGCAUACAAUAGAUGCUUUGGCCCUUAUGGGGCACGCGGUAGGUGCUUUGUCCCGUAUACGAAGGGACAACAUAAAGCCGACCCUAAAUCCUGUGUAUUACAGUCUGUGUAAUCGGGCUGAUGACCCUGUCCCACAUUCGCCCCUACUCUUUGGCGAUGAUUUGGCCAAACAAGUGAGAGACGCCAAAGAAACGAGCAAUAUAAGCCAAUCCCUUGGCGUUAGCCGAAACCGGCAACCUCGGAACAAUCGCUCCACAUAUCGCUACGAUAAUCGUUUCGCCAAUUCUCGUCAACCGAGAGGCAACCAAUCUGAAUAUCGGUCGGACAACAAGCCUCAUUUUUUGGGGAAGGGCCAGAAAAAACCGAUGUUCAAAGCCAAACCCGGCAGGAAAUCUUGAGCACUCUUGAAAAGAUUAAAUUAUCGGUAAGUAAAUUUCCCCUUGCUAUUGAAAAUUUAACGAACUACUUAAAAAUUCGAUGCGACAGUUUUAAGGCUGGCAAUGUUAGAAACUCUCUGUCAGCCUGGCAAAAUCUAACUUCUGACCCAGAAAUUUUGAGCACUGUGACUGGCACCAUCAUCGAAUUUGAUACUCCUCCAAUAACUAAGGCGUCUCCUAAAAUUCCUUUUUCGAUCAGGGAAUCUGAUAUUAUAGAUCAGGAAAUUGCAAAAAUGCUAGCUAAAGGUAUUGUUGAGACUGCCACCCACACUUCAGGGGAGGUUGUGUCCAAUAUUUUUAUACGACCGAAAAAGGAUGGCAGCCACAGGCUAAUACUAAAUCUUAAAGGUCUAAAUCAGUUUGUCUCUUACCAUCAUUUUAAGAUGGACACGUUACAUUCUAUACUAAAACUGAUAGAACGAGGUUGCUUCAUGGCGUCGCUCGACCUUAAAGACGCAUACUAUUCAGUAUCUGUCAAUCACUCUGAUCGUAAAUACCUUCGUUUUGUUUGGCAAGGGGUUCUAUAUCAGUUUACAUGUUUGCCAAACGGGCUCUCAAGUUGCCCACGGACAUUUACCAAAUUAUUGAAACCUCCUUUGACUGCCCUCCACAAAUUGGGCCAUAUCAUUGCUAGCUAUAUUGACGAUCUUUUCCUUCAGGGUAAAACAUUUGAACAAUGUGUCUGUAAUGUGAUUGACACUUUUUUACAAUUCGACGACCUGGGUUUCAUAAUCCACCCGGAAAAAUCUGUCUUUAUACCGUCACAGGAACUGAUUUUAUUAGGUUUCAUAAUUAACUCUGUUGACAUGACUAUCACCCUCACACCUGAGAAAAAAUUAGCUUUACAACACCUAUGCGUGUCUUUAUUAUCGAAACAUACGCCUACAAUUCGAGAGGUUGCGCAAGUUAUUGGUAAAAUCAUUUCAUCAUUCCCGGGGGUGGCACAUGGGCCUUUAUAUUAUAGAGCCCUAGAACUUAACAAAACUGAAGCACUCAAAUUGUGUAAAGGGAAAUUUGACGCACACAUGACCUUAUCUGCAGAUUCAAAACUUGAACUUCAGUGGUGGGUCCACAAUAUUGUUGAGUCAACAAAUGUUAUCUCACGAGACCAACCGUCCCAUGUGCUCACAACAGACGCUUCCCUCACUGGUUGGGGAGCGGUCUACGAGGGUAAUCACACGGGGGGGUUUUGGUCGGAUGUCGAAAAAUUGUGCCAUAUUAACUAUCUUGAGUUACUAGCGUUGUUCCUAGGGUUACAGACUUAUUGUAAAUCCUUAACCAAUACCCAUAUCCGUGUCUAUCUUGAUAACACGACCGCUAUCGCCGUAAUUAACCAUAUGGGUACAAGUCACUCCCCAAAUUGCAACUCCCUCGGUAAACGUAUCUGGGAAUGGUGUAUCGGCCAAAAUAUUUGGCUGACUGCUGCUCAUAUCCCGGGAGUUGACAAUACUAUAGCCGAUUCUGAAUCACGCAGUACUAAAACUCACACUGAAUGGAUGAUUGACAACUCAAUCCUUCAGGGGGUAUUGACACAAUUUCCCGCCUAUGUGUCAUACAGACCUGACCCAGGUGCAAUCGCGGUUGAUGCGUUCACAUUAAACCUAGCUAAAUUCCAGUUCUAUGCUUUUUCUCCAUUUAGUGCCAUAUAGCAACAUUACUACAAAAAAUCCAGGAGGAAGGAGCGACGGGGAUAGUGGUAGUGCCAGACUGGCCAACACAAUCCUGGUACGCCAAGGCCAUGCAAAUGUGCCAGAAACCUCCCGUACGUGUGGGUCCGGGGAAAAACCUGCUGAAAUUGCCAGACCAACCUCGGGAGUUGCACCCCCUACACAAAUCGCUGGUGCUUCUAGUCUGCCACUUAUCCGGCAACAGCUAAUUGCACAAGGGUUAUCGGAUGAAACCAUUCAAAUUAUAAUGGCGUCAUGGCGCCAAGCAACCGGAAAACAAUAUCAGUGUUAUCUCUUAAAAUGGAUUAGCUUUUGCCAAGAUAAUGGCAUAAAUAUCGAACGAGCCAGCAUUCAGCAUGGGCUCGAAUUUCUUACAUUUUUGUACAAACAAGGUCUAGGCUAUAGUGCCAUUAACACAGCGCGGUCUGCACUAUCUGCUGUGAUAACACUGGAUAGCCAGCGUAAGUUUGGCGAACACCCUUUGGUGACCCGGUUUCUCAAAGGUGUAUUCGAACUUAAGCCAUCCCUUCCUCGAUAA